GGACCCCCUCGCCGCGGGCGGGCGGCGGGCGCCAUGGUGGUGCUGCACGUGAAGAGGGGCGACGAGAGCCAGUUCCUGCUGCAGGCGCCGGACACCGAGCUGGAGGCGCUCACGGCGCAGGUGGCCCGAGUGUACAACGCGCGGCUCAAGGUGCAGCGCGUCUGCUCAGAGAUGGAAGAACUGGCAGAACACGGUGUAUUUCUCCCUCCUAAUAUGCAAGGACUGACAGAUGAGCAGGUUGAAGAACUGAAACUGAGAGAUGAAUGGGGUGAAAAGUGUGUCCCCAGCGGAGGUCCCGUAUUUAAAAAGGACGACAUUGGACGAAGGAACGGGCAAGCUCCAAAUGAAAAAAUGAAGCAAGUCUUGAAGAAAACUAUCGAAGAGGCCAAAGCAAUAAUCUCUAAGAAACAAGUGGAAGCCGGUGUCUGCGUCACCCUGGAGAUGGCGAGAGAUGCCCUGGACCAGCUGCGAGGCGCCGUGAUGAUCGUUUACCCCAUGGGGCUGCCGCCCUACGAUCCCAUCCGGAUGGAGUUUGAAAAUAAAGAAGACUUGUCGGGAACUCAGGCCGGACUCAGCGUCAUCCAGGAGUCGGAGGCACAGCUGUGGUGGGCGGCCAAGGAGCUGAGGAGAACAAAGAAGCUUUCUGACUAUGUGGGCAAAAAUGAAAAGACCAAAAUCAUCGUGAAGAUCCAGCAGAGAGGUCAGGGAGCUCCGGCCCGAGAGCCCAUCAUCAGCAGCGAAGAGCAGAAGCAGCUGAUGCUGCACUACCACAGGCGCCAGGAGGAGCUCAAGAGACUGGAAGAAAAUGCUGAUGACGACUCCUGUUUAAAUUCUCCGUGGGCAGAUAACACUGCUUUGAAAAGACAUUUUCAUGGGGUAAAAGACAUAAAGUGGAGGCCAAGAUGAAGUUCACCUGUGGAAGAGUUCAAAAAUAUUAGUUCACCUUUCUUUAGGCAAAAUAGUAGUAAUAAUAUUUACUAUAAUAAUAAUAGAGACCCAUAACCCUCUGUGAAAGAUGUUGAAAUUUCUAGCUUUCCUCAUUUUUCUUUUAGUUUGAAUUUUUGAAAUAAAAGUUAUUAAAGGUUUUGGAA